UUUACCAUUAAAAAACCAUUGAUAUUUUUCAUUACCAAUUAUCACACCAACCCAACAGCCAUUGCUUCUCACAGCUCGAACUCUGUUCAAAUCCGAAACACCUAAACCCCCAAAACUCGAAAAUAAGACGAAUUAAACUGAGGUGGCCCUUCAAUUGUCAAUCUCAGAAGAAGGGCUCAACAAUUCAGUAAUUUUUCAGAAAGAUGGACGAUUAUACGAGAGAAAUGAUGGACUUGAAAACCCUGGUUACACGUACUCUCGAGAAGAAAGGCGUCCUUGCCAAGAUCCGUGCUGAACUAAGAGCUAGUGUGUUUGAAGCAAUAGAAGAGGAAGAUAGAGUGGUAGAAAAAGAUGAAGGACUUCCCCCUGCCCUUUUGGGCAGCUGCAAUGACCGUGCAAAGCAACUCCACAAUUCUCCUUCAGGAAGGCUUCUGACUGCAUUGAUUUGUGAAUAUCUCGAUUGGGCUCAAUUAAACCACACCUUGAAAGUUUACUUGCCAGAGUGUAAUUUGCCUAAAGAAUCCUGGAAAUCAGAGUUAAAAGAAUUUAGCAGCAAGAAUGGAUAUGACCUUAAUCGGAAUGGGGACAGUGGACCAUUGCUUUUGGAUGUUCUUGAGGGUUUCUUGAAGUAUGAGAAUUUAUCUCAAGGAAGGAGUAGCAACAGGAGAUUAACCACAUCAGAUGUCGAAUCUCUUUCAAAUUUGGAAGCUCGUAACGUGAGGAGACCUUCAUCAACAUCAGUUGCUGGAGGUUUACCUCCAUUAGGAAGGCCUCUUCCUUCGUCACAGUCUUCUGAUCGUCGAGCUGGCUCGUCUAUGUCUGGCUAUAGAAAAGAUGAAUACAAUUGGAGAUACGAAAAUGAUGAGCUUCCUGAAGAUGUAGUCCGUGCCUCGGCUGCUCUGGAGAAUUUGCAGCUGGACAGAAAAGCUCGUAAUUUAACUACUUCGUGGAGGCAUGCUGGGGAUGGAAUAUCUGAGGACAUCAGCUGAGUGGGCCCCACGAUGCAUUCAUAUGAUCUUUGACUUAGCUUUGAGUGGCAUUUGUUGAUCGAACUAGAUUUAUGUGACAACAUUAUAUACUCUUGUAUUUGCGUUUUAGUGAUUUUUCCGAGCUUUUUUUUACCCGCUUAUUAUUCACCUCUUAGUUUCGACCCCAUCUCCUUUGUCCUGUUUUGCCUUUUCUUUUGUUGGAGUGUCAGUUUUAGUGUGCGUGUUUUUUCCAUUUGUAGGGUGUGAAGGUUGUUGUAUUUACGCAAUUUACAGAUUGUUGAUCGACCUGAAUGGCUGAAUCCAUGGUUUAGUAUUGAAUAACACCUAUCUAAUGACCUUUUUUUGGGCCAUUUUCUUUGAAGUUAUAUAUGGUUUCAUGUUUCAUGCA